CUCCGCACAGAUUUAUGGGUCAACUUUCUUCUCCCCUCCUGCGAGCUUCCGUCAGAACUACGUCUUCAUCCGAAUGUUUUCCAUUCAUGAGACCUCAACUCGCACGGCCACACACGCCUAAGGCUGACCAUCUCCGCCGCGAUCAUGCCUCCGAGGUCGAAGUCGCUGGCCGUUUUGGCCUUCGCGCUCUUUGCCGUCUACCUCCUUUUCUGGCACGAUGAUAACAGUCACAGUCUAAAUUAUGACCCGCCGCCCUCUUCGAAUAUCGUGGAUGCAUAUCUGCAAGAUAUGGAAGCUGCGGAAGAAGCAGAGGCUGCUAGGAAUGCGGCUGAGUGGAAAGCCAAAGGCUAUACUGACCUCUCGGAGGGCUUCGUGGAACCAGAUCCACCGAUCACGCCCCCUGAGCCUCCUCAAGUGAUUGAGGCCGUGGAGAGCAGUACGAGCCCCGCUGAGGUGACAAUUGCCACGGCAGACCCAGUACCACCGCCACCGUCAGGACCACAAACACAUAGUCGAAUCAACCUAAAGGAGGAUUUUGAGAGGGACUAUGUUACCCUUGGACAGCAGCAAACCGUUGGACUUAUAUACGGAACCACGCUCAACGACCUCAUCGACUUUGGCGCGCAUGAUGGCUUUGCAACCUCUGCAGCUCUGAUCGCAUCAGACACCGCAUUAGGGUACAGCCCGACUCCUCCCUACAAAUACGAUGUUUACCCGGACUACAAUAGCAAAGCGUGGAAAGCGGCCAACAAAGGAACGUACAAGCCCUGUCAUGGUCCAGAUGGUCCUAUUGAAGACAUGCUGGUGUUUUCUGGACGCCCCAAGUCUUUUGGAGAGCCACCAAUGGGAUCAUACAUUGCACUCGAAAUUGACAGCAAUCUGUGUUUUGAGAGGGAGACUCGGCUUGGUCGCUACGGCUUUAAGGAGGAAAAUUCGACCGGUUCGGUUCGCAAACGAGCAGAUUGGGAUUUCGUCGAUUGGGGAUUUUUACAACAAGAGUGUGCCUUACGAAAUUCGGACCGCUACGGCCAAGUUCAAGGAGACCCACGCGCUGGCAACUCGCCAUCUGGAGGGAACUCAAACUUGUCAACAGUCCACAGUCGUGGCGGGAAAAGUAGGAGGCUGGAAACCAUUCCUGUCGAGGACAGUCAACACCCUGGUAGAAAGAGCUCUCCGACCGUACCGGAAGCCAAGUCACGGACUGCAAUAAUAGUUCGAACCCAUUCCAACCAAAACUGGACGGAAAACGACAAGCAGAAUAUUCGAGCUCUCAUUUCUGAAUUGUCUUUAGGGAGCGGUGGAGAGUAUCAAGUCUAUCUCUCGGUUCAGGUAAAGGACGAAACCUUACCAAUCUGGACCGACACCAAUACAUAUAACGAAGCUGUUCAAAACAUUGUUCCUAACGAGUUCUGGAAUAUGACAGUCCUAUGGAACGAUGCCAAAAUGAAGGAGACAUACCCAUUGAUCCUACCGGAAGUGAAUAAUGUCCACCAGUCACAGUGGCUUUCGGUGCAGCAUUUUGCGCAGGACUAUCCUCACUUCGAUUUUUAUUGGAAUUGGGAGCUCGAUACCCGCUAUACUGGUCAUUACUACAACCUUCUCGAAAGGUUGGACGCGUUUGCAAAGGCCCAGCCGAGGAAAUAUCUAUGGGAGCGCAAUGAACGAUAUUAUAUUCCCGCAUAUCAUGGCCCUUAUGACAAGUUCCGAAAAAUGGUCGAGCCAGAGACAGACAAAUACACUGUCUGGGGACCUCCGCCCAAUCCUUAUAUCAGACCUGUUGGUCCAAAAAGACCAAAUGUUGAUCCAAAGAAGGACCACUACACGUGGGGUGUUGGAGAAGCUGCGGAUUACAUUUCUUUAGCCCCACUGUUCAAUCCAAUACUGACGAAGUGGGUUGGAAAACAUGAUAUCUGGGGAUUUCUCGGCCCUGAAAAUACUCCUAGGCGCGCUGCCAUCGGCACACAGUCUCGGUGUAGCAAGCUGCUCCUUGACACGAUGCACAAAGAGAAUCUGAAGGGAAAUCAUGCUAGCAGCGAGAUGACACCUCAAACUGUUGCUUUGCUACACGGUUUGAAGGCAGUCUACGCACCAAUCCCAAUGUUCUUUGAUCGGGCUUGGGGAGGUGCUAUGCUAGCAAAAUACUUCAAUCCAGGACCGAGGGGGGAGAGUGGAAAUACUCCACAGAGUGCGUUCAGUUGGGGCAAUGAAAUGAGAUUUAACGGCACCACGUGGUAUUAUCGGGCUACACCUCCGACGAGGCUUUACAACAACUGGCUUGGAUGGGAGGACAGUGGGAUUGGGGGGCCGGAGUGGGAAAAGGCUCACGGACGAAUCUGUCUGCCACCGAUGCUGCUCCAUCCUGUCAAAGAUCCCGUCAAAACUCCCCCAGGUUUCUCCUCAAAAUCGGAACUACCGUAUGAGUCAAAGAAGCCACAAUAAACAUGUAAGAAUACUUGGGAUUGCUGCUAGCGCGGAGUUCGGGUUUGCUGUUGGCCAGAGGAAGUCCAUGUACAUCUGUGUAUCUAUAUUGUCUGGCUUUGGUAAUGUACAAAACUUAACUCUCUAAUGAUACCAAAUGUUCUCCUGUAGCCGUUCGGCAAUCUUUCUCUUCUUUUUCAACCGCGGCAUUUUCGGCCGUUCAUAUUUCCAGGCAAGUGCCCCAUUCUUGCCAAGGAUACCUCGCCGUGGCCGUGGAGGUGGAUACGUCUUUGAUUACUGUAGCAGACCAAGUUUCUU